GAAGGGGAAAAAGAAGAGAUGAUGUGUAUGAGGAUUAUUGUUUGGUACACAAAAUGCCAAAACGAAAAUGGCAAAAAGAGAAUGAGAAUGAGACUGGGGAGAGAGAGGGAAGGGGAAAUUGCAAGUGUAUGUUUCUCUUUUAGAAGGGGGCCCAUUUUCUUAAUGUGUAAAAAUUGCUAGUAGCACCCACCGCUAUUUUAAGCUACCACCUACAUUCACUCAACUCACACAUGGAAGAGAAUAACAAGAAAAAGAAGAGAAUCAGUGAUGGGAAUCAUCAUCAUCACCCAACGUAUCGCGGGGUGCGCAUGCGCCAGUGGGGGAAAUGGGUAUCGGAAAUUAGAGAGCCCAAAAAGAAGUCCAGAAUAUGGCUCGGCACUUUUCCUACGCCCGAGAUGGCCGCCCGAGCCCACGACGUUGCGGCCCAAGCUAUCAAAGGCUCAUCCGCAUUCCUCAAUUUCCCCGAAUUAGCCUCACACCUUCCACGCCCACCCACCACUUCUCCCAAGGAUAUCCAAGCCGCCGCCGCCAAAGCAGCCGCACUCAAUUGUGAGGCCCAGGCCCAGGCCCAACAAUCGUCAAAUGCGUCGCUAAGCGGUGAGGAUGACGCGUUCUUGGACCUUCCUGAUCUUUUAAUGGACUCGGGUCAGUUUCGUUACUCGUCGCCGUGGCUGGUGGUCGGAGCUGAACAUCUAGACUCGGCUUUCCACAUCGAAGAGCCUCCGUUCCCUUGGGACUGUUACUAAAUUUGUAAAUGUACCCUAUUUCCCCUCAAAAUCACUUUGUUUCCAAACCUUUUUUUUAAAUUAAAAAUCAUAUUUUACUUUCAAUUUAACAAAAAUACUUUUAACGUGGUUGCAUUCUUCU